AUGAGCUCAAAACCACUCAGUGAAUACAAUGGACCCGAUCCUUACGAAUUGUUCAAUUCUGUGGUUCUCACCGCUUCGGAUGACAUUUUGAAACGAUCUUACACUCUACUGUCUACGCCGAGUUCACCUUUGGAUGUUAUCACCGAAUUCACUACAAACAGUCUGUCACAACUGGAACAGACCGUAGAAUUUGCCCAACUUAAACAAAAUGCAUUUAAAUCACCCCAAGAUGCUGCGUUGAUUGUGAUUGAUAUGCAAUGGGAUUUUAUUUGCGGCACACUCCGAACAAUUGAAUCACCAGCCAAACAGGACGGUGCAAAUAUCAUCUCCAAUGUGAACAAAAUGCUCAAAAUGUCUUUCAAGCAAAUCUAUAUUAGUCAGGAUUGGCAUCCGGCAAAUCACUGUUCAUUUUACAACAACCGAACGACCCUUCAACUCAGCCCCAAUAGUUUAAUUACCAAAGCUGAACAAGCUCAAAUGUAUGACACAUUACUCAUAAUCGGUGCCAAUAAGGUUGAAAGGGAACAAAAAUUGUGGCCCACACAUUGCAUUGCGAAUACGGAAGGAGCACGGAUUCAUCCGAAAAUAGAGCUUCCCAAAGAGUAUAUAUCAAUAAAAAAGGGAACGCUUCCUUUGGUCGAAAGCUAUUCAGCCUUUGGUGAUCCGUUUGGCAUCGAGGAUACGGGUCUGCAUGCUCAACUACAGAAAUCCGGCAUUGUCACACUGGUUCUGUGUGGAAUCGCCACAGACUUCUGUGUUGGUGAGAACAAUGCGUUUUCCAUUACUUUAUGGUAA